AUGCAUGCAAAUCACGCGUGGCGAAUCCAGGCAGACUCUUUUUGGCCGGCUAUUUGUAUGUUCAUCGCUUUCACACAAUGUCUCGUCUCACCAGCUCUUUAUGGUGCUAGCCUCUUCAUGAUGAAGGAAGAAGAUAUGGCGUUAACAGCACGAACACAUAAAGGAGCUACAGGAUAUCAACAUGUGCAAUCUCAGAAUAACCCUAUGCAGGCACAACUCAUAUAA